AUCAGAUCCAAUACAGUAGUAUUACCUCCACACCACUCGAAGCAUCGUCAAAUCGCGCAUCCCGGCCAAGCCAAUUAAGACCAAGAAUAACCAAUAAGCAGUAGUUGAAUAAUUCGCUUUAUAAUGCUUAUGCAGAGGUCACUCCACAACUUGAUAUACGCUCAUUGGUAGCUCGCUCACCGAAGGACGAAAAGACCCAUCUAUAUCGCUCGGCAAGUCAUGCAAGCCCAGAGCGAAUCUGCCUUGCUGCCUCGACGCCUCUGCGACCAGCAGCUGUCUGCAGGGCGGCUUUUUCGGCGGCAUCUAUUCCGAACUACAGCAUAGGUCAAACGGUUGCCUCUUCCGCGCGAUACACAUCCUUUAUAAUAGUCCCUCGAGCAGUACACUUUCUACGCAACAAGGCUCCCACUAGCAGCCACCUUAUUCACCUUACAAGCAUGUCGGACCCUCAGAAUUAUACUGUUGGCUGGAUUUGCGCCAUCACCACCGAGUUUGUCGCUGCACAGGCCUUUCUUGACGAGAGACACGAAAGACCCAGGGAAGUUUCGCAGAAUGAUAGCAACAACUACGCAUUGGGCAAGCUUGGCGACCAUAACGUCGUUAUCGCCGUCUUGCCCAACGGAGAGUACGGCAUAGCCUCGGCCGCGGUCGUCGCCGGGGACAUGCUGCACAGCUUUCCCAACAUCCGGCUCGGAUUGAUGGUCGGCAUCGGGGGCGGCGCGCCGAGUCAGAAGCACGACAUCCGCCUCGGCGACAUCGUGGUGAGCAGUCCCCGUGACGGCAAAGGCGGGGUUUUCCAGUAUGACUUUGGCAAGACGAUACAGAAUCAGACGUUUCUGGAAACGGGGUUUCUGAACCAAUCGCCGAAAGUACUGCGAGCGGCCGUAAGUGGACUCAAGGCUAUGUACGAGGCGGAUGGCCACCAGCUUGACGACUAUGUUAAGAUGGUUAUCGAGAAGAAGCCUCGACUCCGAAAAAAGUACUCGCGGCCACAUCCGAGCAGCGACAGGCUAUACAAAUCAGACAUCGUACUUACGCCGGACUCGGAGGAAGGCUGCAUCGAACCAUGCAGAUACGACUCAACCCACCUCGUACCGCGCCGCGAACGAGACGAAGACGAAGACAGCCCUACUGUUCACUACGGACUAAUCGCCUCCGCAAGUCAGCUGAUGAAAGACGCACUGAUCCGGGAUCGACUAGCGGCCGAGAAGGACGUGUUGUGCUUUGAGAUGGAGGCGGCCGGCCUAAUGAACCACUUCCCGUGUCUGGUCAUCCGGGGUAUAUGCGACUAUUCCGACUCACACAAGAACAAGGACUGGCAAGGUUUUGCAGCUAUGGUGGCUGUAGCGUACGCUAGAGACGUUCUUCGCCAGAUUCCACCUAACAAGAUCGAGGCUGAAAGGAGGGUCGUAGAAGUCCUGGGAUCUAUACAUGAAGGCGUGUCUCAAAUCCGCUUGGCCACGAAAAGCCUGCAACAGAGCCAGCAUUUUCAGGAACUCAUGAAGUGGCUCUCUCCGCCGGAUCCAUCGACAAAUUACAACAAGGCCUCCCGGCAACGUCAUGAACGUACAGGGCAGUGGUUUCUCGAAAGCAAGGAAUACUCCAAGUGGAAAAAAUCGCCGAAGUCCUCGUUAUGGCUCCACGGCAUCCCGGGCUGCGGAAAGACAAUCCUGAGUUCAACGGUGAUUAAGGACCUCACGAACACCGAAUCUUAUGCCAAAAGUCUCCUCUACUUUUACUUCGACUUCACUAAUACUAAUAAACAAUCGCUCGAGAAAGCCAUUCGGUCGCUGAUUACUCAGCUGUACUCUAAAAGCCAGGACGUCCAUACGCAUCUAGAUUCACUCUACUCCUCUUGCAAAAAUGCUUCACGGCAGCCGAGUAUUGACUUGCUAAUCUCAACAUUCGAGGCUAUGGCUCAGCAGAUCGGCGAAGUAUGGAUCGUCUUGGAUGCACUCGACGAAUGCCAGAAGAGAACAGGUCUAAGCAACGAGGGGUUGCUAGACUGGAUUGAGGGUAUUCUAAACUUACCGCAAGUAAAUAUCCACCUUCUUGUCACGAGUCGCCCUGAACACGACAUCAAGUCAGCAUUGGAAAGACAUAUCGACAACCAGAUCCCUCUCCAGAGCGAGCUUGUCACUGAAGACAUACGUGCGUAUGUUCAUGGAACAGUAAGACAACACGAGGGAUUUAAGAGGUGGCGAACACGAGAAGAAAUUCGGGAUGAGAUCGAAGGCCAUCUGAUGGAGAAAGCUAACGGAAUGUUUCGCUGGGUCUCAUGCCAACUUGAUGCUCUUGAAAAAUGCCCUGAUCCUAACAGUCUUCGCCAAACGCUACAAUCUUUGCCAAGGACGCUAGACGAGACAUACGCCCAAGUCCUACGCAGAAUUCCGCCUGAGUUUGAACAGAACGCCAAGCGGAUACUGCAAUUUCUAACCUUUUCUGAACGACCUUUACGCAUCGAAGAAGCUGUUGAUGUAAUUACUGUGGUCACCAAAAACAAGCCCAGGUUUGAUGCCAAGAACCGAAUGCCACAACCAGACGAGAUAUCUAUCUACUGUUCUAGUUUAGUAGUUGUUGUUACUCGGGGCGGUAACGAUGAACAGCACGAGGCGAGAGAGCUACAGCUCGCGCAUUUCUCGGUAAAGGAAUACCUGGUAUCCGACCGACUAGAACAGAACAUGUUUGAAACCUUCGCAGAGCCACUGGCCAGAGCUUCUAUUGUGGAAGUAUGCCUUGCGUACCUAUUAGAUUUAGACCACAGCCUUUCUCUUUUAGAGGUUAGACAGUCGUACCCGCUUGCGCAGUAUUCUGCACGUUAUUGGAUGGACCAUGCUGUCGGAUUUGAGACCAGCAUGGCCCGUAAGCUCAUCAAAGAGUUUUGCCUGCAUAAAGAUUCUCUUAAGGUGUGCUACGGACUCUAUAACACAGAUAGGCCAUGGGAAGUGGAACCAGAAAGAUUUGAAAUAGAGAAUACUCCUAUAUUGUACCAUAUAGCACGUGGAGGGAUCGUGUGUGCGGUGGAGGAAUUAUUGAAACAUGGGGCAGACAUCCAAGCCCAGGGAGGCAGGUACGGAAACGCUCUUCAAGCUACUUCACUUGAAGGCCACAAGGAGGUCAUCCAGAUACUCCUCAACAAGGGAGCAGAUGUCAACGCCCAGGGCGGCGAGUACGGCAACGCUCUUCAAGCUGCUUCACUUGAAGGCCAUAAGGAGGUUAUCCAGAUGCUCCUCGACAAGGGAGCAGAUGUCAACGUCCAGGGCGGCCAGUAUGGCAACGCUCUUCAAGCUGCUUCAUUGAAUGGACAAAAGGAGGUUGUUCAGAUACUCCUCGACAAGGGAGCAGAUGUCAACGCCCAGGGCGGCCAGUAUGGCAACGCUCUUCAAGCUGCUUCACUUGAAGGCCACAAGGAGGUCAUCCAGAUACUCCUCAACAAGGGAGCAGAUGUCAACGCCCAGGGCGGCCAGUAUGGCAACGCUCUUCAAGCUGCUUCAUUCAAUGGACAUAAGGAGGUUGUUCAGAUACUCCUCGAUAAGGGAGCAGAUAUCAACGCCCAGAGUGGCGAGUACGGCAACGCUCUUCAAGCUGCUUCAUAUGACGGAAAUAAGGAGGUCAUCCAGAUACUCCUCAACAAGAGAGCAGAUGUCAACGCCCAGGGCGGCGAGUACGGCAACGCUCUUCAAGCUGCUUCAUUCAAUGGACAUAAGGAGGUUGUUCAGAUACUCCUCGAUAAGGGAGCAGAU